AUGGGCCUGCGGUUUUGUAAGGAGGGCCAUCUGAUGCAGGUCAUAGUAGAAGACCAUGAGGACAUCACCCUGCUGAUACUGCAAGAGGGAGAAGCUAUGGAAGCACAUCAACCCCCACCCAUGGCCCCGGCAGGCCGUGGGGACCUCAGCGUGAGGCGUGGCCAGGAAGAGAAGCCGCCCGCUGAUGAAGACCAGAGAGCCAAGCAGAUCCAGGCCUGGUGGCGGGGCACGCUGGUGCGCCGGACGCUGCUGCUGGCGGCGCUCAGCGCCUGCGUCAUCCAGCGCUGGUGGCGGCGGGUGGCGCGGGCGCUGCCCUGGCUGAGGCAGAAGAGGCAGCGGGCGCUGCUGACCCGGCGGACCUGGGCGGCCGUGCGGCUGCAGGCCUGGGUCCGCAUGUGGUGCGUCCGCCUGCGCUACUGCCGCCUGCUGCAGGCCGCCCGCAUCAUCCAGGCCUACUGGCGCUGCCACAGCUGCCACGGCUGCCACGGCAACGGCUCCCUCCGGGGCCGGUACAAGCUCAUGGCGAACAAGCUGGGGCUGGAACUGGAGAUCUUCCUGGGGUCACAGAUUUGCCGGAUUACAGAGUGCAUCCCCUUCCCAAUAAAGAACUGA